CCAGAAUCCUUUGGGGGAUGAAACCUGGAAGCGAAGCACAUGCGCCUCUUAUGCCGAUAAAUAGCAUAAUUAGUGGACUUUCCUUCUUUGGUUUAUUAUUUAUAUCAAUUAUUGAUUUCUUCUACUGCAGCGAUACUUAAUGCUGUCUCCAUAAAACCUUAAUUAUAACGUUUUACUUUAUUUGCUGGUGUAAUUGUCCUGAUCGAUGUUAUUUGGGCAGAUGUGGUGUAGUUACCUUGCGUUCUGCCUCCUGUCGUAUCUUUCUUAUGCACAUAGAUGUCUGCACGGAAGAGGAAGCAUUCUGGCGGCGGUGCGGCGCCCGUGCCGAUGCUGCCUGCCCCCCUGGCUCCGGCCCCGGCCCCGGCCGACAGCGCCCUCUUACAGACAGUACUGAGCCCCUACUUUUCAGAUGCGCCCAAGCUUGACCUAAGGCUGGGAGAAGAUUUUUUCAACCAGCCGUGCGUCGCCUUGGCCAAAGCCUUCCUCGGUAAGGUGUUGGUGCGUCGCCGUGCCGACGGGACAGCGCUGCGGGGGAGGGUAGUGGAGACUGAGGCCUACCUGGGCGGCGAGGACAAGGCGUCGCACUCGGCUGGCGGCAGGCGAACGGAGAGGAACACGGCCAUGUUCAUGAAACCGGGGACCAUCUACGUGUACCAGAUCUACGGGAUCUACUUGUGCAUGAACGUCUCUAGCCAAGGAGAGGGCGCUGCAGUGCUGCUCCGUUCCCUGGAGCCCCUAGAGGGCCAGGAGGCCAUGCGGGAGCUACGGUCGGUCCGGCGGGGGGCGGCCGCUCGUCCCCUGCGGGACAAGGACCUCUGCAAUGGGCCCUCCAAGCUGUGUCAGGCGCUGGAUGUGCUGCGCAGCUUCGACCGGCGUGACCUGGCUACCGACACCAACGUCUGGCUGGAGAGGGACCCACAGGAGGGGCCCGCAGGGCCAGGUCAGGUGGUAGCGGCCGCCCGUAUAGGCGUGGAGUCCUACGAGGAGUGGGCUCGCAAACCGCUGCGCUUCUACCUGCGGGGGCACCCGUGUGUGAGUGUGGUGAACCGUGAGGCAGAGAGGCAGGCGGAGCAGCCUGGGCUGAAGGCCUAGGAGUGGCAGGGAGGAACAUCCACCCAUCUGCAUACUUCCCUGAUGAGACCAGCCGUGCUUGUAGGAAGAACAUCUCCAGCCAUCAGCACCCUGAGCACCAGGCCUAAUCUGACCCCCUCGACGCUGCUCCUGCCCUGAAAUGUGUCACCAGCUUGGGAUUCUCUCGGCUGGGUUUCACCUUGCAGACAAUUGGGAUGUGGAAUUCUGCAGCGUCCUCAUCCGUCUUCCCAGCCUAUAGCAGGUCUGGGCACAGACUGAUAGGGUCCGUUGUCAAUCUCUGCAGCAUGUAUUUCUAUCAGCAGUCAUCCAUCACACUGGGGAACAGCGGUACACGCCUGCCAUGUCUGAGUCAUAGUGUUUAGAUGCCAUAAAUAUGUCAGGUGAUGCCUCAAACAUGGAAAAAAGAGACUGCAGAAUCAGCCAUGAUGUCAUUUAUUUGACAUUUACUUAUUAGCGCUUUACGACCUUGCCAGCUGUCAGGGUUGGGUGCCUAUCCAUAAGGAACGAGCUUUCACUUUAAGUGCUGGCCACCGUGUUCUCCUCACGGUCCAGAGGAUGAGGAACACGCCGAGGUGAAAGGAGAUCCAACUACUGAAGGUCAGCCAGACCCUCCUUUACUUGGGGGGGGGGGGGGGGGGUCGUGUGACGAUAAACAGCUUGAAUCUCCAACACUGCACCCUCUCCCCCAUCUCAGAACAGCAGUGGCCAGCUGGGUUUGGCUCUUGCACACCAAAAUAUUUGGUAUAACCUUGGAGAUGUGCAGUGGCCAGUAUCAGCCAGAUGAUUCAAAUGGUGAAAGACCAGCAAAGAGAAGAGAAACGCUGUUGUUUAGCACCCAAAAAUGGAUCUUAAGCUGAAUUUCUCUGGUGAAAUCCCCUGUGAUAUUAGUAGCAUAAAUAAAACCAUGAUGUUUCUGAUAAUGUUGGUUCUUCAAAACUGAAAUACUUGCUGGUUGGGGAGUGGGAUGGGCUCUGACUGGAUCUAAGUGUAGAAGGUCAUACAAAACACAGA